UCGGGAAAGCGAAGAUUCUUCUUCUCCGUACAGCGCUCGUGUGAAGUGAAAGUGAAGUUUGUCUUUGAAUUCGAAGUUUUUUCUUCCUAUUUUUCGUGCUGAGAAUAAGAGUUAAUUCGAGGGGGUGGUUCCCGGAGAGAAGGAAAAUUGUAUUUAUAUUUUGUCGUAACUCACGUGUAUUCCUUCCACUUUCGUCUCUAGCCCGGAUGGUGGCAGGGACUCGUGGUGCGUGUACGUGUUCGAACUGCAAAAAUCGUCCUGUUUGUGGCAUCGCUCAAGGAUUGCCAGUUUGACGAGCGGGUUUUUUUAUUUUCAUCCUUCCCCACUAUGCGUUCUGUAAUCGAAAACGAAUUUCUGACGGGAAGUUCAAGAGGCGUCAUCAAUUUUUCGCACCGUAACACGUGUAGCUGAAGCAUAACUACACUGCCCUAAGGAUUACCUCCCUGGCUGCCGGCAGACGGAUUACUCAUCUACCGCGCGACAACUUCAUGAACAAGGAUUACCAGUGCCAGUCACUUCUUCUGCUUCUUAGUGUGUGCUAGUGCAGUGCAGGUGAUUUUUAUAUUCCACCUGGGUUUAUCUCGUGCUUCUUUGUUGAUUGGUUGUUGGUGGCGUGAAGAAAAAGUAAUAAAAGAAACCGGAAACAGCUUGGCGUGUGGAAAUUUUAUAGUCGGGUGCAUUACGGAGCUCAUCAACUUGUUACAAUCGUGGCUCAAAUUGGAUAACUAGUGUCAGUGUGCUUGCAGUGAAUUCCAAACAAAACAAAAAAAAAAUACAAAGAAAAUGCUCAAGGAUUACCGAACGGAUUACGGGUGGAAUUAAUUCAGCAGUUUACUAUCCAAAAACGAGCACAAGAAACCGGGAUUUACUGGAACGGAGUCAAUUGGAUUACCGCCAGCGUUAGUGAGAAAAUAGCAUUAAACAGAAGUGAUUAAAUAAAGUGAGGAGCAAUGCUUUUCUAAGCAUAUCAUAAUCGAAUGCAAAUAAAUAGAAACCACAUCACACAGUGAAAUCGCAAUCCCCAGCGCAGUGCGUCAAUGCAGCCCGUCAUGACCGAGUCCCGCCACAUCAGAUGAUACCGAGCAGCAGGGUUGCCCGUCCGCCGAAGUCACUAACAACCGGCCGUCAUCUGUCCAACAACAACAACAACAGCAAAGCCUCCCUCGAUUGGGAUUCAUCGAGCGUUCAAACGGGAACGGUGAAGCGUCGUCCGCUGUCGCAAGGGUCGCAGGAGGUGACGCCCACCAGCACCUCACCGGCAGGCGCCUCCAGCCGGCGGCAAUCGUUUACCAUUGAGAUAGAUAUAAAAGCGCAAAAAACCGAACAGAAUGACUGCGAUCGUGGUGAGGGAUUUCCUGCCGACAAUCAUUCCGCAACAGCGGAGAAAGAAGCCGGUGUUUCUCAUCGAGGAAACAUGAAAACCGUCGGAGGUGCAAAACAAUCGAAAAUAGCUGUACUCCGACAGAAAGUGGAUGACGGUGGUAAAAAAUCCCGAGGAAACCCACCACCACCAGCUGGCACCAAAGUGUCCAUCUUCCAGAAAACAUCCAAUCUACUUGCAAAAACAACGAACGACAAUAAAUCCCCAUCUCAGGCGCAGCAAAAACUUAAAAACAACGUAAACCCCCCAAAAAAGCUAGUCAAACAAUCAACCAUCAGCGGUGGCACGCUGGAGCGCCGCGAGAAGCAAUCACCCAACAGCGGCAGUCGUAAUCAGAAAAAAGUUUCCUUUAUCCCAAGUCUUGCGGUGGAAGAAGGCGGUGGACCGGCAGGGACCGGAAGUGCCACAAUCAAAUCCAGCACGGUGAAAGCAAUUGUUCGUAGCCGGCAGCAUUCGCUCAGUGACACCGGUGUACAGUUUAAAGAACUUUAUCGGGAUUUUCCGGCAGCCCAGGACCUGUCAGACGCGGAUCAAGUAAACACUCCCCCACCGUUGCCACCGUACCGUGAACCUCCUCCACCUCCUCCUACCUGCCCAACCACCAACGACAAAGUGGAAAUCGUUCAGCAGCAGGAUCUUAUUUCGAUGGAACCUGUCAGCAAGCAUGAAGACAUCAUCGUAGCGACGACGACGGAAAGAAAGGAAACCACCAGCACCAGGUCCAAGCUCAAGGGAUUCGGUUUGAGUAAAUUAAUAUCGUCCGCCGGGUCGGGGGAAAAGAAAAGCAAUAAUUAUGUGACAUUGCCACCCUCGCCUAAAAUGAGCAAAAUGUCUUCCAAAGGAGCAACCGAGCUACCGGCGCCACCGACGCCUCCUCCACCCCCGGCGCCAGAGUCACCUGAGAGAAGCUACGCUUCACCGGAUGAUAUACUCACCAAGCCGGAGUUUUCAUCGCUGCUACUGAAGAAUCUGCCCGUGCGACAGCGGAAAGGAGCGGUUCCUCAUCUGGAAAAUUAUUGUUUGUUUGAUCCUUCUGUGGAUUUUUUCAACGAAAAAGAGCACAAAAUGAGACCCAUUCCGGAAUCGGUAGAACUGGCGGAUCCUAUCCUCUAUCAGAACCCGCUGAUAUACGACGCAGUCGAUCGGGACUCCGAUAACUACUUCACACUCGAGCCGGACGGAUUUGAUGUGGAAGCGAAAAAUCGGCUAUCCCUCGAGAAAGUGGAGGAAAAAAUCGACGCAAUUUUUAACAAGACACGAAACUCUUCGUCUUCCAGUGGUUCCAGUCCGGAUUAUCCGUCCAUGGUUAACUCAGUUAUCGAGACUCCCUCGUCCAACCUAGAGUCCACUGACGAAAGUGACUACGGCUUCCGAAAUCGACUCAUAGACCAGCUAAAGGUGGUCCCGAAAUCAAUAUCCGGUUCCAUCAACGAGGACCAGCAGGAGGAAUCCUCGUACUACGGCGUGGUAACGAAAACAGCUGUCAGCCAGUUCGAGCGGCUGCACCAUCGCCAAUCAAGUUCGCUGCCAAAUUCACCCCUGCAACAAAGAAAAAGUGAUGAAUCAUCAUCCUCCUCACCACCCUCCAGUACAAAGACAACCGAUUCGUCCUCUAACGAGGCAUCCUCUGCCCUUGGGACGCUCGGUUCGGAAGAACCACCAUCUAGUUCCUGCAGUCCCCCACCUCCAGCACCAUCCCACGGCAACCGCUCGGCUGCUGCUGCUACUGCUACACUUUCAUCUUCGAAGGUGACGAAAAUUAAAUCAGAUUUGCCCUCCACCAUCGUCAGUAAGGUCAAUUUUCUCCCGCUCCUGUCACAUCCAGCAUUUUCACUAGACUCCCUAAAAUCAAGCAUCUCCCUACCUCACUUACAAAAGUCUUCCACCGGAGCAAUCAGCAAGCACAGCAGUAUCCUCUCCCAUCUUCAGCCCCCGCUUGGUUCCUCUCCUGGCGGCGGAUCGGUGCGUAAUGGAUCAUUCGAUUCCACACCGUUGUUCAGUAGGUUGCGAAAACAACGCCCACUCUCUAGCCAUAGUGACGCGGAUAGUGGAUUUCUGAGUCCGGUUACUCCACCGGAGGCCACCGGGCAAAGUAUUCACAAUCAGAUCCUUGCGACCGAACGGCAACAGCAUCAUCAGCAUCGAAGCAGCAGCAGUGAUACCGUUGUAGUGCUCGAACAGUGCGACAGCAUCCAGGAAUUGAUCCAGAUCUACACUGACUGGGCCAACUACUACCUGGAGCGGGCCAAGUCGAAAAAGAAGGUCUCCGACCUGGCGGCGGACUGCCGCGAUGGCCUGCUUCUGGCCGAGGUCAUCGAAGCGGUCACCACGUGGAAAGUACCUGAUUUGGUGAAGAAACCAAAAACACCUCAACAUAUGUACGACAACGUCAACUCCUGUCUCAACGUUCUGAGACAGCAUCAGGUUGGCGGACUCGAUUCCAUCACCGCAAACGACAUCUCCAGUGGACGGCUGAAAGCAGUGUUGCUUCUAUUUUUUGCUCUAAGUCGAUAUAAACAGCCGAUCCGACAGAAGGCAGCGCCAGUUGCCUACAUUCAUCACCAGCAAACAACGAAAGUCGAAAUUCAUGCACCACCAGCCGACAUGACCAAUCGACAACUGCCGGUGCCAUAUGCCAAGCCAGGGGUCAAUGGCGGUACGGCCAUUCCACAGCCAGCGACCGUUAUGGUCACCCGGCGAUGUCCACCGGAUAAAGUGCGGCCGCUGCCACCGACGCCAAACCAGCAGACGGGACUUCACCCGGGCUUGCAGAAGCACUCGCUAGCCGGCAGCAUCGUCGGUGGUGGUGGUGGUGGUGGUAGCGGUCCCGGCCUCGGAAGCGGCGGUAGCGGCAAUACUCCACUCGAUGGCAACAGCUGCCCCGGGAGUCCGCAGCAUAAUGGGACGGCGAUAAUAACGCAGAUCCCGAAAGGCGGCAGCCUCCGCAUACCGCAAUCGACGUGCAAAAUCCCGGCCAGUCCGUAUGCGACCCAGACUGGCAAUGGAAACCACAAUAACAACAACAAUAAUAAUAACAACAACAACCACGUGGGCCUUAUCCCGAAUGGAAACGUCACUAACAUCCCUAGCCCGGGUAUAACUCACGUGGGAGGAGGACCCGUACAGCAGAAGCAAUCGAUGCUGGAAAAGUUGAAACUCUUCAACAGCAGCAAGGACAAACAGGAUAAGACUGCUAAAUCGACCAUUUCAAAGCGGACCAGCUCGAGUAGCGGAUUUUCGUCGGCCCGAAGCGAACGGAGUGACUCGAGUCUAAGCCUGAACGAAGGUCCCAUCGGAAAGAUGAGAGAAUCGGUGAUCAAGAAAACGGACACUGCCAAACUGUCAUCAUCAUCGUCGUCAUCGAAAUCAUCGAAGCUCAUCUCAUCCAAGUCCGGCUCCUCGAAGGACGCUGGUUCGAAGGUUUCAGCCAAACAGGCAGGCGAUAAGGGUGGCAAGACAGGAAAGGAUCAGCUCGAGACGCACAUUCCGAUUACACCGAAAGCGCACAAAAUUCCGACGGCCCUGACGACAUCGACCAACGGCAUUGCGGGCAAUCCGACCAAGACCGAAUCGAAGCUGAAACCUGCCCCUGUGGGAGGAACGUCGUCGUCGUCGUCGCCACCGUCGUCGUCGUUGUCGGGCGACAGAAAACUUGAUGCAAAAUCCGAAAGUAAAACUAGUUUGCUGCUGCAGCAGUCGCAGGUUCCACCGCAAAUUCAGUCUCCGAAAACGAUGGUCGCUCCACCGUCAGUAGGCACUGGGAUUCCGAAACCGAUGGCCGCCGUGAAAGGAACGAGCAAACCCUCGCCACCGCAGCUCCUGCAGGAAUACAGCAAACAGAAGGACGAUUUGGCAAAGCUGGACCGUGCUCUGAACGGGUUCGGGACAGGUCUCUCGAAUGGCCUGAGUUCGCCCCAACAUCAUCAACCUCCGCAUCCAAACAACAUAUCAAAUAACAACAGCGAACGCUUGCAUGUGGUGAACCCGAUCAGUAUCAGUGGUAAUAAUAACGUUCCUGGAAGUCCCUUGCACAAGCAGCAGCAACAACAAGCACCGAUUCCGAGCUGCAUGAGUGACAGUAUGCACUCUAAUUCCACGCAAGGUGCCUCCGUUGGGCAGCACUCCAAUUCCAGUGAGUCCAGCAGCGUCCUCUACCGGCCCAGCGGUUCCGAGAGUGGAUCCGAGCAGCUGUCCAACCUCCACUCGCCCCAGAAGUCAUCGCCUUCCUUCCUGUACAACGAUGUCAAUUUGAACAACGCCAACAACAACAAAUUCAACACCGUCCCGAACAAAAUCCUCAACACUGCCGAAACCAUCUACGAACAGGAGGAAAAGCAAAUCACCGUCGUUCCGAUGCGACCUCUGCUUCGCGGUUACAACAGCCACGUGACACUGCCAACGCGAGGUGCUCGCGGUCAUCACUUCAUCUCGGAGUACUGUGAAGAUCUGGCCGGCCAGGGCUACUGCAGUGAUGGGGAUGCGCUGCGAAAGAUUCCCGCCCGCUACUCGGAUUCCAUCGAAAAUGGCUACCUCUCGGAGGGCAGUGGAGGCGGCACCAGCUUGUUAACCACGGCAGGACGCCAGCAGUACAUCAGUUCACUGCGCAAUCGAACGCCGCUGCCGACAACGAUCGAAGAAAGAUGUCGUAGCAGUCGGGGCGAUAAUCUGGACUGUGUAGGAAAUAGUCCAACCGGAUCCACUAUGGACGGAAAGUUAUCCCGCCCGAAUGGGCAAACUCCGAAUGGCCGCGAGUACUGGGGACGGCUACCCGAGCCAGCAAUGGCUCAUAACGGGCACGGCCAGCAACAACAGCCACCGCCGUCGGGUGCCAGUAGCCAGCAGGGAUCACAGCCACCAAGUCCCACAUCCAGCCGAAAGGAUCGAAGCUCACCGGGUCACUCGCGGAAAAGUGGUUCUUCGUCUAAAAUUGCCAGUAGCAGAACAAAAGGAGUUCCUCAGAGUUAUGGGUUCGUCAAAAAAACCAACGGCAGCUCGAUGCACGGUGUAGAUCCGCAAGGGCAAGCUCUUUUGACCGGAGGACGCACGGCUCACGUCUCUGCAGUACCCAGAACCAAUAAGCUCAAAGUUUCCGGCGGUACGCAAACCACUACGGCUGAUUUUCAAGCCAAAACUCAACAACACGCUCAGUAUCGCAGCUUUUCCCUGACCGGCCCGGGAGCGGCCCAGCUAAGCCAGUCGGUCAAAGAAAGGUUUGGUUCGGGAACGCAUAGUUUGCCAAAGCCCGGUUUAGAUAUGCAUGUCUUCCAACAUAGAAUGUCCACACGCGGAUCCACUAAGCUAAACGACGGUAGCCUUAGCGAUACGCAAACCUACGCCGAAGUGAAGCCCGACUACAGUAGCUAUGCGAUGUGGCUUCGUCACUCGAGUACGGCCUCGAGCCGACUCUCUGAGGGUGAAUCCCUGGAGAGUUUCUCGCUCGGAUCCGGUGGUGCUGGCGGCGGUGGUGGCAACGGGGUUGCAGGUGGAACCAAUUCCGGUGGCUCGGGCAUUCCCGGUGCCAGCAGCCGGCCGAACAAACUGCUGCACCAUGCCCGUGGUGAAACGCAGCCAGUUUUGCACCACGCAGCCACCACACACAGCCCCCGGUUGAACCGAAGCAAUAGCAUAAGUUACUUGAAAGAAAGGACCUACCCCAGAUCCACUAAAUCAGAGAAGAUGUAUCCCUCGAUGCUGAGCCGGGGACCGGACGUGGAUAUCGAACCGUACUACUGCCUACCGGUGGGCAGCGUGACAGCAGGAAAUGGAAUGGUUCCCUGGAGUCAACCGACCUCACCGACGCCGCCCACCCGCGGUUUUGGAGGGUUGCUGUCGCCAACACACACCAACGCCUCCCACCGGCUGACGUACCCGAAGAAGAACGAUGAAGUGCACGGAAGCCAGGCGUCGCUGCUGUCCGGCGGUUCGUCGCUGUACGGCUCGGCAGAGGAACGGCAAGCCACCGAGGUGCGGCGGCUCAAGCGGGAACUUACGGACGCCCGGGACCAAGUAAUGAGCCUGUCCAGCCAGCUGUCAACAAAUGCUCAUGUCGUAGCGGCUUUCGAGCAGAGUUUGUCUAACAUGACCCAGCGGCUGCAGAUGUUGACGGCAACGACGGAAAAGAAGGAUAGCGAAAUAUUGGACAUGCGACAGACGAUUGAGCUGCUGCGGAAGCAAUCGAUCCAGGCUGGCCUAACUACCGCCCAUAUGCAGAGUAUGGGCGUACAAGUUAACGGGCAGGUCAAUGGGAAUGGAAACUCAGAACAGACGAUGACAGCGCCACCACUGCCACCGGGCGCGGAAAUGCAAAGGCACCAUAGCUCCGACUCUAUGUGCUCCUUGAAUUCUGUCAGCUCUGGCUGUUCGGCUCAAGACAAGAAGAAAAAGAAAGGAUGGCUACGAAGUUCCUUUACUAAAGCCUUCUCCCGCAACGCAAAAAUCUCCAAAACCAAUCGCCACAUUAGUCAGUCUUCGAAUCUUGAUCAGCCGACAGCAGCAGCGGCGGCAGGGAACGGACAUACCCAUCAUCAUCAUCAUCACCAUCACCAUCAUCACAACAACAACAACAAUAAUAAUAACAACAACAACAACAGCGAUCAAAAGUCCCUUUCGGGCGGAAGUGGAAGCGACAAACAGUCCGGAAAGCUGUCAGGACAACUGCCACCACCAUCACCCACCAAAAACGGAAGUCCGCUCAAAACCGUCACGCUAGUGGAGAACGCGAAACCAAUCGAUGCCAUCGAGCUGAAUGGAAACCCCGUGGUAGAAGAUCUGAAGAAGCAGCUGCGCGAGAAAGACCUAGUCCUAACGGACAUCCGCCUGGAAGCGCUCAGCUCGGCCUCGCAGCUAGAGAGCCUCAAGGACACCCUGAUGACGAUGCGGCAAGAGAUGAUGAGUCUCAAGCAGAGCAACGAACGGUUGCAGCGCAUGAUGACAACCCGUUCGCUAGCCGGUAGCGAGGUGUCCCUCGGUCAGGUCAGUCCUAGCGGUUCGAUGGGUGAACCGCGACGUUACAGUCUAGCGGCCGACAAUGGCAUGUCACGAACCCCGUUGGAACUACCUCAGAACCUGGACGAAACGGAAGAGGACAAUAUUCCACCGGCACCCGCACCGGAACCACCCCCGGCGCCACUGAGUCCUGCGAUAAUCGCCGAACUGUCGCCGACAAUCGAACGAGCCGCGAUGGUCAAUGAGAUGCUAACCACUCCCGCGGAAGACGUUGCCGAUCCGGUAGAUGGAAAGAAAAUUGCCAUCGCUGUCUACCUUGGACAACCAGAAUCUUUCGCCAAGUACGCGGAAGAGAUGAACGAAUGUGAUAACUAUUACCACUCUUCUUCGGCUGAGGGGGAUGAGAGUGGAAAAUCAACUGCAGAGAAUGGAGACAAGAGACGUAAAUCGUCCUCAGGUCAACCCGAUGGUAGCUUUGCUAGUCCGAAUGAGUUCACGUUCGCCUACACGUAUAUUUCCGGGAAAACAACGUGGCAAAAUCUAGACUACAUCGUAAGAAAGACUUUCAAGGAUUAUUUGGGUAAAAUCGAUCCGGGUACGAAUUUGGGUUUGAACACGGACUCCAUCACAUCCUAUCAUCUGGGUGAAGCCAAGCGAGGCCCCGAAAUGGGAUUCCCGGAGUUGCUGCCCUGUGGGUACAUUAUCGGGAAUGUGAAAACCUUGUACAUUUGCCUCCAGGGCGUUGGUAGUUUAGCUUUCGAUAGUUUGAUCCUGCGAAACAUCGUACAUCGGUACAUUUCACUGCUCACCGAGCACCGGCGGCUGAUACUGUGCGGCCCCAGCGGUACUGGUAAAUCGUAUCUAGCUAGGAAGUUGGCAGAGUUUCUGGUGGCCCGGUCCGGGCGGGAUAACCCUGCUGAAGCGAUUGCCACCUUCAACGUUGACCACAAAAGCUCCAAAGAACUGCAGCAGUAUCUUGGCCACAUCGCCGAACAGGCAUCGAUGAGCGAGGGUGCAGUAGAGGAGCUGCCAGCUGUGAUAAUACUGGACAAUUUGCACCACGCGUCCGCGCUCGGUGAUGUGUUCUCCUGCCUGCUAAGUGCCACCGCCGCCAAGCUGCCCUGCAUCAUCGGUACGAUGUCGCAGGCGACCUGCAACACUACCAACCUGCAGCUGCACCACAACUUCCGAUGGGUGCUCACGGCAAAUCACAUGGAACCGGUGAAGGGUUUCCUGGGUCGGUAUCUACGCCGAAAGCUGUUCACCAUGGAACUCCAAUCGCAACAAUCCCAACCCCAGCUGGAGAAGGUGCUCAAAUGGUUGCCAAGCGUGUGGCAGCACAUCAACAGCUUCCUGGAAACGCACAACUCCAGUGACGUUACUAUUGGACCACGCCUCUUUCUGUCCUGCCCGAUGAACCUUCAGGAUUCGCAAGUGUGGUUCACGGACGUGUGGAACUACCACUUGGCACCGUACUUGAUGGAUGCCGUACGGGAGGGCGUUCAGCUGUACGGACGACGCGGUGGAACCUGGGUCGAUCCUUGCACGUUUAUCCGCGAAACGUACCCGUGGCCGAUCGGACCGACGACGGUUCCCCAGUUGCGUCAAAUCACUGCCGACGAUGUUGGGCUGGAGGCGAGCGCUCCGGCUAACUUUGAAAACCAAGACCCCCUGAUGAACAUGCUGCUGCGGUUACAGGAGGCAGCCAACUACAACGGCAACCAGGAGCCGGACUCCGACUGUGCCAGCUUGGACUCGAACAUGACGCAUGACAGUUCGGCCGGGGUUGAUUAGGGAAGCAUUUUAUUAGCCAAAAACAAAAACCUACACCAAUACUAAUAUGGGCCUUUGCCACUGAUUUGAAGGGACAACAGAGACGGGAAAACUUUACACUUCAAAGGGUUAGUAGUAGAAAAAAAAUAACGCCAAGGCGAUCGAAGCUAGUAGUCUUAUACAAUGAGAAAAAAUUGCUGCAGCUAUUUACAGACAUUUUUGGGAACACUUUUUUCGGCCACUGGCUAGGUAGGGAAGGUGGAAUUGGUAGAAACAAUGAACACUGUGAAGAGGAUAAUGUAGUUAGCCACUUGUACUGCUCCAUGAAAAUUGUCGGCUUGUAUUUUUUUAAUUUUUAUUCGGCAGCCAAUCCUUCUAUCAAUUAAAGCCCGUGUUGAAUUUUUAUCCUGUCGGUAGUACACCGAGAAGAAGAGGAAGUGGAAAGUUUACAAAUCCAUUUAAUUAAUGAUGGACACAAAAAUGCUACUCCAUAAUCAAUUCCCCACACUCUUUCACGCGCUGUACUGCCGGCAAGAGUACAUGAAGAGAGGAGUUCAAUUCAUAGUCAAAGAGUAUAAUUAAUAUCUGUCAAGUGGUACGGUACCUACAUAUGUGCUUUGCGAGCGUAUGUUUACUCGACUGGCAAAGUAUUCGAAGGUACACUUGCAACAACACAAAAUACUCUCCCAAUCGGCGGCUUUGGGAAGUGUUGAUUACCUUUGCGCUGGGUUUUUGCAUUUACGGUGAAAAAUAUUAAACAAAAUUUAUAUUAAUAUCGGAUUGGCUUAAUUUCUCUCACUUUCAACAUUUUAAUUUGUGCUCUGCUUCGUGGACAUCAGCAAGCGAGCGAGUGGUCGCCUCUAGGUACUACUCUAAUUAAAUUGUUUAUUGAAAUUGAAAAUCGUUCAAUUUUGUUUAUUGGUUUAUUUUCCUUUGUGGGGUAUAAAAAUGAUUGAAACUUUCAACUACCGCUUUGAAUAUUGUUUCACACGCAACAUUAAUCUUUAAUACGAUUCUUUGGUGUCGUUUUUUUCUUGUGUGCUGUCGCACAAUAGAAAACAUUUAGGCGCAUUCAAACUUAGCCCACUGCGUUUAACUAACCAUAACAUUUUUUAUUUGAUAAAUUAUGUUUUCUUACAAGAGUUUAUCAAACUCUGUACUACUUGAUAGAUAGAACAAGCAAAAGUUAAUCCAAAUGACAAAAAUUAAGUGGUAGAGUAGUUUAACCCGUGAAACUAUUCACAGCGUCAGAGCGAAAUAAUCGAAACCGGAAACAAUAAUUUCAAAAGUAGAGUGAAGCGCCGCAGUUAGUGUGCUUGUAGGUAAACCAAAACCUCCCCAAACCCCCCAAAGUGAAAUUAGCGCACGUGUAUAGGGAAAACUCCUUGCCUUUUCCCAGACAAAAACUAAACCUCGGUGUCAGAAACUUUUUUGGACCUUAGUACGGAGAAUCGAACUGAGAACAACUUUAUACAACUGUACUAAUUUUGUUAGCUAUUAAUUCGGUGUAAUCACUUGUUAGGCUGUAAAUAUACAACAACAACCACAAAUACACACACAGAAGAAAAAAAACUUAUAAUUAAACAAGACAACCAAUUAUACCACAUAGCUGCUUAGGUACUGUUUAGCUAGAUAACUGAAUUGCCCAAGACGGAAGAAAAAUCGCGAUCACACUCACACACACUGUUAGACAAAGUAUCACUCGUAUUUCACUGUAUAGAUUUUGUAACGCAUUGUAGAGUUGCUUCAAAAGCUUUAACGUAUUUCUCGCUUUUUACAUCAAACGCCAAUACGCGAAAUAUUUUCCUCACCCUUCGUCAUCAUCGCCUAAUCCUAAUUGGUAACUUAUUCUCUUUCUCCACAAGAAGCAAGUUUGACACGGGAAACCAGGUCAAGCUUUUUCCAUCGCAUUUAUUCAUAUAUACAUAAUAAUAAUAUAACGACUACAUCUAGCUAUGUGUUUGAAAAUAUACAAAAAAAAACUGACAGAUAACCAAACUCCUUCAAAAAGUUAUCGCACGCUUUAGAACAGCGCACGGGUGCGCAACCGGCGUAAUUUUCAGCUUUUCCAAAGAAAGGAAAAAAAUUAAAACGCUAACAAAAAAAGACCACGUUCAUUGAAAUGCAGAGACAAAGCUGAAAUCUAAACCGCUGUAAACCUGCUUCAAAUUCGAUACUAAAACGACUCACCCGGACUCACAGACGGAAAUGAAGAAGAAAAUAAAAAUACUAAAAUUAACGCUAUUAUUAUUAUUACCUAUUAUUAUUACUAUAAUUAUACACGGAAGGAACAAGCGGCAGCCAAAAGAAAACUAACAACCUUUAGUAAAAUGCUGACUACAAUGGGAAAACAAGCAAACCGAAAAAAAAACAACAAAAUAAAACGUGAUUUAAAUUAUUUAAA